GAUUGACAGACGCAAGGCGUCGCUGCGGUCUUUUGGUUCCCAAAGUCCAUAUAUACCCUGUUGAUUCCGAAGUGCUGCCUACAUUUCUUUUGCCGUAGGAGGCCUAGUUCUCCUAUUACAGUGGCUAAUCUAGAUUAAUGUUAACGCGAUGAUUCCUGAAAAAGUUGUUAUACUGGAUGGGGGUUCACAGUACGGAAAACUUAUCGACCGUCGAAUGCGUGAAUUAUCUGUAUGUUCAGACCUGAAACCACUGGGAACUCCUGCAGCUGAUCUCAAAGAUGCGGGCUACAAAGCGAUCAUUAUAUCUGGAAGUCCAAGUUCUGUGAAGGAUGCUGAACCAUAUCACAUUGACCAUGCAGUCUUUAGCCUUGGCUUACCAAUUCUUGGUGUUUGUUAUGGGAUGCAAUUCAUGAAUCAUGCCCAUGGUGGAACAGUGGAGAAAAAAGCAAUGAGAGAAGAUGGGCAAUAUGAUAUUCAAAUUGAUGUUUCUUGUAAAUUAUUUACUGGACUGUCAGAAACUGAAGAAGUUUUAUUGACACACGGUGACACUAUAGAUCAAGUUGCUCCAGGAUUCAAAGUAAUUGCAAAAUCUAACAACCUCGUUGCUGGAAUUGCCGAUGAAUCUCGUGGUUUGUACGGACUUCAAUUUCAUCCUGAAGUUGAAUUGACGAAACAUGGAACUCAAAUCCUAUCUACUUUUUUAACAAAAAUUGCAGGGUUAUCUUGUAAUUACACUGUGCAAGACAGAGAAGAAGCGUGUAUGGAGGAAAUUCGUCGGAUAGCUGGUACUACUAAAGUUCUUAUAUUAGUUAGUGGAGGAAUUGAUUCUGCUGUCGUUGCUGCUCUUUGUUAUAAAGCUCUUCCUCAUUCACAGAUUGUAGCAAUUCAUGUUGAUAAUGGUUUCAUGAGAAAAAAUGAGUCAACAAUGGUGAUUGAAUCUCUCAGACAAGCUGGUAUUAAUGCAAAACUUGUCAAAGCUGCUCAUACUUUUUAUAAUUCAAGUAUGGAACUCACAGACAACAGAAAUGGUGGCAAGGGACGGAAGUUCACAUCCAGAGUUCUAUCUCAAACUCUUGAUCCAGAAGAAAAACGAAAUAUAAUUGGUGAUACUUUUAUGAAAAUUGUUGACGAAGAAGCUGAAAAAAUAGGACUAACCAUUGAUAAAUGCUUUCUUGCUCAAGGUACAUUGCGACCAGAUUUAAUUGAAUCGGCAUCACGUUUGGCGAGUGAUCGGGCAGAUGUUAUUAAAACACAUCAUAAUGACACUCAUCUUGUGAGAUUAUUGAGAGAACGUGGUAGAAUUAUUGAACCUUUGAAAGAUUUUCACAAGGAUGAAGUCAGGAAACUUGGAUCUCAACUCGGUUUAGCAGAUUCUUUAUGUACACGACAUCCAUUCCCUGGUCCAGGUCUUGCAAUUCGUGUUAUUUGUGCAGAAGAUCCUUUCAUUUGUCCUGAUUUUUCACAAACACAAACAUUGAUUCGACUUAUAGUUGAUUAUAGCAAUAGUGUGAAGAAGCCUCAUGCUUUAUUACAGCAUGUGCAUUCUGCCACAAGCGAAGAGGACAGAGAAAAUUUAGCCAGAUAUUCAUCACAAUAUCCAAUCAGAGCUAUUUUACUGCCAAUAAAAACAGUUGGAGUUCAGGGUGAUGGUCGAACAUAUAGUUAUGUAGCUGGAUUGUCUUCAUCUCAACAACCAAUCGAUUGGAAAAUAGUUAUGUAUUUUGCAAAAAUUAUACCAAGAAUUUGUCACAAUAUAAAUAGAGUUGUUUUCAUAUUUGGUGAAGCAAUAAAGGAUCCACUUCAGGAUAUAACACCAACUGUUUUGUCAUCUCCUGUACUAUCGACACUCAGACAAUGUGAUUUCUUGGCUCACCGAGUUCUUCAAGAAAACUUGCUGCUAGAAAAAGUUGCUCAGAUGCCUGUGGUUCUGGUUCCUUUGCAUUUUGAUCGAGACAUGAUGAUAAGAUCGCCAUCUUGUCAGAGAUCUGUUGUUUUGCGGCCAUUCGUGUCAAAUGACUUCAUGACAGGCGUUGCUGUUACUCCCGGAAUACAUCUACCAGAGGAAAUUAUACUGGAAAUGGUAAAGCAACUUGAAAAUGUGACUGGAAUUUCUCGAGUCAUGCUUGAUCUGACAUCAAAGCCACCAGGCACAACAGAAUGGGAAUGACAUAGGCUCUAUAAUAUCAUAUACUCAGCGUAUUGUUUUUAAAUUGUUAAAUUUCCAGUUAAAUAAGACUUGUUCAGUGUGUGUUCGAUGCUGCUUAUGUAAGUCGGAAACGGGGCAAUUAAAAUUUAUUUCAAUCUUGCAUCUGUAAGAAAUCAAAAUUUCUAUGUUUCAUCAAAGCACAAACUUCGGUUUGAUUAUGGAUUGAAUUGUUUUUCAAUUUGAUUUCAAAGGGAUAAAUUGCACUGUAAUUUUGAACGCAUCCAGAUUGUUCUGCGCUGUACCAAUAGGAUACAGCUCGUAAAUUAAAAUAAUAUAGAUGAACUUCAUUGAAUGAGAAAUGCUAAUGGCCAUUUUUCUACAUCGCUUAGGCAUACCUUCACAUCACUUCAGUUACUCUUGGCCAGCACAUAACAGAUAUUAAGUUUUGUAUGUGACUAACUAGAACAAUUAAUUAGAAAACAUGUGUUAUUCAUUUUACGUGAAAAGGGAUAUCUCUGGUUGAUGUUGCUGAUUCAUGUGGGAUUUUCCUUGUGUGGUCAAAGGAAUUUGAAUGCGAAUCGCACUAAGAUAGGGCAGAUUACGAAUUUGUGUAUGAAUGCCAUUGAUAGCUAAUAUUUGUUGCUUUUGUAAUAUCCAGUAAAUUAUUAAAGUCAUUUGAUUUGCUUA